AGAAUCUGGUCCCGGAGGCUCAGUGCUCCACAGCUGAUGGAAAUGAGCUGAAAUCUGCUCCAACACCAGUCAGCCAAUGGGAACGGGCAUUUUGAGCACUUGUUUUGGGUGCGUUCGAUUUAAGUCACGGCAUACACAGAACACGUGAUGCGGUGCUAAAACACUCGCAAAAAAGACGAUUGAAGCUCCGCCCAUCUGAGGUAGCUGGACUGAAAAAAAAAACGAACACUCCUGUUUUUGAUCCACUGAACUGAAGCGGGACAAAGGUGGUCGCUGUACAGAUUUAAAAGAAAGGUUUUAUAUCUGUGGCUGUACUCACUGCGCCUUUAUUAUUAUUUUUAUUUUUUUAUGAAGGAGUUUGGAAAUUCAAGAAUUUAAGAAUGUAAGUUUAGCAUCUUAGCUGAAGAAGGUUUUGUUGCAAUAACCGUGAGAAAAAAAUUCGUGGAGUACACACAACCCAUCCAAUAUGGCGGCGCGCAGACGACUGAAGCUCCGCCCACCUCAGGCUGUCGGKAUAAAAACGAACACUCCUGUUUUUGAUCUGAACUGGUUGGGUUGUGUGAAGCUUCUCGUUUAAGAUUAGAUUUAAUUUUUUAGUUUUGUUUAAACAAACCGGACUUCAUCAACUCUUAAAAGUCAGUUGCUUCAGAUCAAAAUGGACCGUGACUUGGACCCGCAGCUGAAGGUGGGCUUCAUCGGAGCAGGAAACAUGGCUUUUGGCAUCGCAAAGGGCAUCUUACCUGGAAAAGUUCUUCCUGAAAACGUCACAGUCAGCGCACCUUCCUCCAGAAACCUGGAGCGUUUUCAGGAGCUCGGCAUCGCCGUCACUCACUCCAACGAGGAGGUAGUUUGUGGGUCGCAGGUGGUCUUUGUGGCGGUCAAACCCCACCUGGUUCCUUCGGUUCUGUCUGAAGUCUGUCGGCACGUCACGGACGGACACGUCAUCGUGUCGGUGGCAGCAGGAGUGACCCUGGCCACGCUGGAGGAGCUCCUCCCGGAGAACUCGGCUGUCAUCCGGCUGAUGCCGAACCUCCCGUGCGUGGUCCAAGAGGGGGCUCUCCUGUUCGCACGAGGAACCCACGCCACGCCAGAGGCCGGCGCUCUGAUCCGGUCCUUGUUGCACCACUGUGGGUUAGUGGAGGAGGGGCCCGAGGCCUGGAUAGACAUCCACACSGGGCUGAGCGGCAGCGGGGUGGCUUUCGUCUACCUGUUUGCUGAAGCUCUGGCUGAAGGAGCUGUUAAAAUGGGCAUGCCAGGUGUUCUGGCUCAGAGCAUCUCGUCUCAGACGGUUCUGGGCGCUGGGAGAUUAUUACGGGAUUCUGGGAAGCAUCCGGCUCAGCUUCGCUCCGAGGUCUGCACUCCCGGUGGAACCACCAUCCACGGGCUUCACGCGCUGGAGCAGGGGGGCCUGAGGGCGGCCGUCAUGAGCGCCGUGGAGUCGGCCACCGUGAGAGCCCGGGAGCUGGGACUGAGACCAGCUGCAGCCACCAGGAAGUGAUCCGGGAACCAGGAAGUGACGCAGUAACCAGGAAGUGAUGGAUUAUUAUUGUGUGAACGUUUCACAAUCAUUCACACUAUUCAGAUUUUUGCACGUUUGUUGUUCCUCAAUAUUUCUGCUAUUUCAACACUUCAUAUAUGAAAACGUUCAGCUCCUUCAGGACAUUCCAGCUCUGACUUCUGGUAUURCUGCUAUUUAUACUUUUUUAGCUAUUUC